AUGGCAGCCUCGACCAAAAGAAGCGAAGGAUCCUUCAUAGCUGCCAUGCGCAAGGUCUACCAUCCUAUUGGGUUCAAAAAGGGCUACAACUUCGUCCUCUGGUUCAUCUUCGCAGGAGCCCUCAUGGGGUUCACACUGGCCAGACUCCAGUAUCUUGAUUUCUACGGAGUUUUCUGUAGCGCCGGUGACUCCGGCGGCAACGGCGCAGCUCCCGGGGAGUGCCUUUACUACCUCCGCGGGCAUGAGAAGGUCGGAAUAAUACCGCACCUGGCGACAAUACUCCCCGCCUCAUUCCUCGUCGUCUUCCAAUUCGUCCCCGCUAUUCGCCACAAGGCAACUCUCUUCCACCGGCUCAACGGAUACCUUGUGAUUAUCCUCUCCUUGUUGGGAACAGGAGGAGUGUUGAUGAUCGCGAGGCAUGCUUUUGGUGGCACCUUGGCCACCCAAUACGCCACUGGUUUCAUCUCCAUCGCAUUUGUCGGAGCUUUGGCGAUGGCAUAUAUCAACAUAAAGAGACUUCAGAUUGAGCAGCACAGAGCCUGGAUGCUGAGGGCAUGGUUCUACGCUGGCUGUAUUAUUACUAUUCGGAUAAUCAUGAUCAUUGCUGCGCAGAUCGUGUCCCAGAUUGGGGGCUACUACGACGCCCGACCAUGCGAGCAGAUUCAGUACAUUUUCGGUUCACAAGAGCAAUCACUUGACUUCUAUCCGGACUGCGCUCCUUUCUUCAACGGUUUAGAUCCGUCGAAGCAGGUUGCCGUGGAAGCCAAUUUUGAUGGUGACCCGGUUCAGUUGACUGUGGCGCUGGGGUCCAACUUCGGAAGUGCCAUGUGGCUGGCUUUCGCAAUCCAUGCCACGCUCAAACUCACGCCUGCUGAGUCGGAGCGGCUCCGGAACGUCUCGUAUCAAAGGCAGCUCGAGGCUGGAAUGAAGAAUCCAGGAAGGGCCGGGCUGACGGUAGAUCGUUUCGGGGAUUCAGACAAAUGGGUCCCCAGGAAUCAACAGAGUGAGAACGUGGCAAAAGUCCAAGCCACUGCUGGGAAGUUUUCUGAUCCGGGCACCGCCGCAUGA